GCCAGACACAAAAAAUGAACCUUUUCCAGUCUAUAACAAGUGCCUUGGAUAAUGCCUUAUCUAGAGAUCCAACUGCAGUAAUAUUUGGUGAAGAUGUAUCCUUUGGUGGAGUUUUCAGAUGUACCGUUGGCUUGAGAGAUAAAUUUGGUAAAGACAGAGUGUUCAACACUCCUUUAUGUGAACAAGGAAUUGUGGGAUUUGGCAUUGGAGUUGCAGUUACUGGUGCUACAGCUAUCGCCGAAAUCCAGUUUGCUGACUAUAUUUACCCCGCCUUUGAUCAGAUUGUUAAUGAGGCGGCAAAGUAUCGAUACCGUUCUGGAGAUCUCUUUAACUGUGGAAGCCUUACAAUAAGAGCGCCUUGGGGUUGUGUGGGUCAUGGGGCAUUGUAUCACUCGCAGUCCCCAGAAUCCUUUUUUGCUCACUGUCCAGGACUGAAGAUUGUUAUUCCAAGAGGACCUAUUGAAGCCAAGGGACUGUUAUUGUCAUGUAUAGAAGAUAAAAACCCUUGCAUAUUCUUUGAACCUAAAAUAAUGUAUAGAGCAGCAGUGGAACAAGUCCCUGUGGAGCCUUACACCAUCCCUUUGUCUCAAGCAGAGGUGCUUCAGGAUGGAAGCGAUGUAACUUUGGUGGCUUGGGGUACUCAGUCAGUGGCAAAGACUGGACGAUUGGUCAUCACUCAUGAAGCACCUGUUACUGGAGGUUUUGCAUCAGAAAUUAGCUCCACAGUGCAGGAAGAAUGUUUCUUGAAUCUAGAAGCUCCUAUUACAAGAGUAUGUGGUUAUGACACUCCAUUUCCUCACAUCUAUGAACCAUUCUAUAUCCCAGACAAAUGGAAGUGCUAUGAUGCAGUUCGGAAAAUGAUUAAUUAUUGAUGUCCAGGUGAGAAAAAAA